UGUCGCAUCCUCUGAGCUUUCUUUCUCCGUUAAAAUCCAGUUUUAUCGCAAUAAUCAUACAGUUUUUUUUAAUAAAUACUCUUUAAUCGUUUUAUUAAAUAGUUUCUGAUUAGUGUGAAUGUAAAAGUAUUGUCAGUAGUAGUGUAAAAUUUACAAAAUAGUUGAAAGAAAAUUUUAUAUAUUUUUGAGGUUAUGUUUUGUCAAUCAAGAAAUAAUAUGCAAAAUAUUGUAUUUACUGGCACGAAAUGUCGAAAUCCACGAAAUUAUUUAUGAAAUCUGCAAAUUUUUUAUGCAUCGUGCAAUGAAAUGAGAACAAGUACUUAAACCUAACAUUAAAGUUAUCAAUGUCACGGAUUUAUCAUGUGAAGUCGUGUACACAAUAGGACCAAAUAGUUUUUUAAACAUUGUAAGAGAAAAAUACAAUAUUGUCAAUAAUAGUAAAUUUUCCGUAGCUUUGUCGUAUAGUAAGUGAUCGAUUUUCUUUGAAUCUUUGCAGAAUAGAGCAUACUAUUAUGAUUUUACUAUUUAUCCUGGUGAAUCGUACACAAUUGAUUGUACUAUCAUUGGAGACGAAACAUAUUUUGAUAUAAAUCUUGCCAAGGACGAAUGCUUAGCUGAACUUUACAAAUGUAUAUGAGUGUGACAUUAUUUAUCUUGGUAAACUUUCUAAUUCGCUAAAGUUAACUCUUAACUCUCGUAUUUUAAUUUAUAGUCAAACCUGCUGCGCCGAAAAUAUCUGACUUUGAUAUUUCAUUUUCGGACAGAGUAGCCACUGUCAAGUUGCACAACAGUACUAAUAAUAAUAAUAAUAAUAAAUCGUGUGAGAUUUGGUAUUUAAUUAGUUUGAAGAAAAUUAGGUUACCUGAUCGAUGGACAAAGAAAGUGUUCUUGAAUUGCACGGACGAAUAUGCAAAUAUUGAAAAUCUGGAAAUAGAAGAUGGUUUCUAUCAUGUUUAUAUUAUGGUGUGUAAUGAGAGAGGAUGUUUCAAGGGAAUAACUAGCGAGGAAGAUUAUAAAACUGACGCUUCGUUAGUGAGUCCUCUAGGACCAGAAGGUACAUUGAAAGUACUAGAAACGACAAACACAACUUGUAGGAUCCAGUGGAAUAAACCUGGGUAUAAUUUUAAAAAUGUGAGGUACUAUAUAAAAUCUUACAUCGAAGGGGAUUCUUCUUCUGAAGUUACUAGGAAUUACGUUUCAUCUGAUUUUGUACCAUCUGUUACGAUUAAAGAUCUUCGACCUGGAAACAAACAUAAUAUUGUCGUUGGUUGCAUAAAUAACAAAGGCAGAUCUAAAACUUCUAUCCAAACGGAAUGCAACACUCAUGAUCAUUUGUAAGAUACGGAACUAAGUGUUGUCAGAAUGAUGAAUAACUUAUAAGCUACUACAAAAUUUACCAGCUUUACUAUAAUUGUAAAAUUUUUAAAAAUUAUGAUGUACUUAUUAAUAGAGCUGUUUCUUAAAAUUAUAUAAGUAACCUUGAUAAUUUCGUAUAUAUAUUGAUUGAAUAAACACAAUAUUACUUACAAUCAGGUAAUAAAAUAAUAUAUUAGUAAUCAAAAAUAAUAGACUUCGAAUUUUUUAGAAUUUUUAGAAUUUAUACUACU